CUCUUCUCUCUCUUUGUGUUCUCGAUUCUGUUUCUCAGUUUGGUUUUAAUUUUGAUGCAGAAAUCGGCAAAAAGCUCCGAACUCUGUAUUCUGAUCCUUGUGGUCCGAUCAUAUAACCAUGGCCGUCGCUAGUGUCAAAGUUGACUCUUCUGCUCAGAAUUUAGACAACAACACUGCUUCUUCAGCAGCCGACACGAAGCCGCCGCCUUCAUGUCCUGAUGAUGAUGAUCAGAGCCCUAACUCUCUCGACUCAUCGGAUCCUCCGACUCCAGAUUCCGACGAUCGGACCAAUGGGACUCCCCAAAAGGGUACCAAAACUCCAAAUGGAGGGAGUCUGAAGAGUGAGAUCAAAGAUUUGUCUGAUGCGUUCUCUAAGCUUAACCCGUUGGCUAAGGAGUUUGUUCCUCCUUCACUUGCUCGAGCCCAAUCUGGAAAUGGAUUACGGUUUACUAACAACAAUUUUGCAGAUGGGAGUUAUCAUCUUUCUACAAGGAGAAGGAGUUUUGGCCAAGGGAAGAGAAGAAUGAAUAAAAGAACCAGCUUGGCUCAGAAGGAUGAUGUCAUCAGGAGAACUGUAUAUGUCUCUGACAUUGAUCAACAGGUUACCGAGGAGAACCUCGCAGGUGUCUUUGUUAACUGUGGACAGGUAGUUGAUUGUCGUGUCUGCGGUGAUCCAAAGUCUGUCCUUCGUUUUGCAUUCGUUGAGUUCACCAAUGAAGAGGGAGCUAGGGCUGCUUUGAGCAUGUCAGGAACAGUACUUGGUUUUUACCCUCUUAAAGUGCUUCCUUCCAAAACCGCUAUCGCCCCUGUUAACCCCACUUUCCUUCCCCGGUCUGAGGAUGAGCGUGAGAUGUGCGUGAGGACUGUUUACUGUACCAACAUUGACAAGCGGGUUAGUCAAACUGACUUGAAAGGCUUCUUUGAAAUGCUUUGCGGAGAGGUUCAUCGUCUGAGGCUUGGAGACUAUCACCACCAAACCCGCUUCGCUUUUGUUGAGUUUUCCAUGGCGGAGAGUGCAAUUGCUGCUCUUAACUACAGUGGUAUUGUAUUGGGAGCACUCCCAAUAAGGGUAAGCCCAUCAAAGACACCAGUAAGGCCGCACCUUCCCCGCCCUGAGUUCAAAUGAAAUGAUGGCAAAGCUGUUGCUGGAGAUCCUAUAAGAAUAUUUAUAGAAAAGGAGAGAGAGAGAAAGCAUGAAGAAGAAGGUACUUGAGGCGUUUUAUUUUAAGUUUGUUACACAGUCAGAGCCUGCCCGGUAUCUUUGAACAACUUUUAAGAACUUUGAUAUUUCUCCUCUUUUCUAUAGAGUCUGCCAAAAACAAAUACUGUUUCCUUUUUCUUUUGUUAUUGUUAUUGUUAAGAACUUUGAUAUUUUUAAUGAGACAGUUGGAGCAGUUCACUGUUUUA